GUUGUUGCAGCUCUUCUCAGAUUCUCAGCCUGACACUUGUCCCUCUCAUGGACAAAACUCUUCUACUUCAAGUUUCUCCACCUUCCUCUUCUGUCUUUAAGGACCCUUAUGAUUACCUUGGACCUACCAAAAUAAUCCAGAAUCAUAUUCUAUUUUAAGAUCAGCUAAUGAGUAACCUUAGUUAUGUCUGCAAAAACCCUUUCACCAUGUAGUGUAACUAUUCGUAGGUGAGAUGAUCAUAUUUACAGGUUCUGGAGAUUUGGGCACGGAAUCUUGGAGGUGGCCAUUUUCAGAAUUCUGUUCCCCAUAACAGAUCGACUUGCAACGUCCCAGAAUCUCACAGAGUCUAGCUCAGGAGAGGCCCAGAGCAGGGUGAGGCAGUUGUCUGUUCCUGUCUGCGUUGUAGUAGAAGGUGCCAAGGCCGAGAUGGGGUCCGCUCCCCAAUCCCACCCACAGCGGGCGGGCCUGGAGUAGGGGUAGCUCGCCUGCGCCUCCUGGCGGCCAGGGACCGAGACCUACUUCAGCUCUCACCCGUGUCACAGGAAUAAGGCCACUUUCCCAGUUCGCAGUGGGGUUUAAACUGGCCGGAACAGGUUGGUGACUUGGGCCGGGAACUGCCUUCCCAUUCUCCAUCACACGGCGCCUGCGGAUUGAUCGCGCAGGCCCCGCCACACCCCUGAUCUCCUGGGCGACGCCGGAAGAGUGCUCUGGUCCAGAGAUUCCUCGCAACGCGGCAGCCCUAGCCUCUUCGACUUUGGUUCCGACUGAGAGCCGCAGUCUGACGGGAGCUGAUCGCCAUAAAAAUACCGGAAAUGUGCUUCGGUAGGGUUUCCCCUGCGCCGCCGCGACCACGGGCUUUGGUUCCGCCGGCGUAGGGGCCCGGAAGUGCGGCCUUGUAGUCCGUGAGAAGGAGGCGGCCACAGUAGAGCCUGGUGCCUGAAGAGGAGUCGGAGAUGGCAGCUGCAGAGGCUGUGCACCACAUACACCUGCAGAACUUCUCACGCUCUCUGCUUGAGACCCUCAAUGGGCAGAGGCUAGGGGGGCACUUCUGCGACGUGACUGUGCGCAUUCGUGAAGCUUCACUGCGUGCCCACCGCUGCGUGUUGGCGGCCGGCUCGCCCUUCUUCCAAGACAAGCUGCUGCUCGGCCACUCUGAGAUCCGUGUGCCUCCGGUGGUGCCCGCACAGACGGUGCGACAGCUGGUCGAGUUCCUGUACAGCGGUUCGCUUGUUGUGGCGCAGGGCGAAGCCCUGCAGGUGCUCACAGCCGCGUCGGUACUUCGCAUACAGACAGUUAUCGACGAAUGCACGCAGAUUAUCGCCCGCGCCCGAGCCCCAGGCACCUCUGCGCCCACGCCCCUGCCCACCCCUGUGCCCCCGCCACUCGCACCUGCGCAGCUGCGUCACCGUCUGCGCCACCUGCUGGCUGCGCGCCCUCCGGGGCACCCUGGUGCUGCGCACAGCCGUAAGCAGCGCCAGCCCGCGCGUUUGCAGCUGCCUGCGCCCCCAACACCUGCCAAGGCCGAGGGGCCUGAUGCUGACCCCUCACUGUCCGCGGCCCCUGACGACCGUGGCGAUGAGGAUGACGAGGAAACUGACGAUGAGACCGAUGGCGAGGACGGCGAAGGUGGCGGCCCGGGCGAGGGCCAGGCACCUCCUUCCUUCCCAGACUGUGCUGCCGGCUUCCUCACUGCUGCUGCUGACAGCGCCUGCGAGGAGCCCCCUGCACCCACUGGCCUCACUGACUACAGUGGUGCCGGGAGGGAUUUUCUUCGGGGAGCUGGGGCAGCUGAGGACGUAUUUCCAGACAGCUAUGUAUCCACUUGGCACGACGAGGAUGGCGCUGUCCCCGAAGGCUGUCCCACUGAGACCCCUGUCCAGCCGGACUGCAUACUGGCUGGACCCCGCCCGCCUGGUGUGAAGACCCCAGGGCCACCCGUCGCACUCUUCCCCUUUCACUUGGGUGCCCCCGGGCCACCCGCACCACCCCCUUCAGCACCAUCAGGGCCAGCCCCUGCGCCCCCACCCGCCUUCUACCCCACACUCCAGCCCGAGGCAGCCCCCAGUACUCAGCUGGGGGAGGCCCCGGCUCCCUCUGCUGCUCCCACCACGGCCCCCUCAGGCACCCCUGCUCGCACAGCAGGUGCUGAGCCACCUACCUAUGAGUGCAGCCACUGUCGCAAGACGUUCAGCUCCCGGAAAAACUACACCAAGCACAUGUUCAUCCACUCGGGUGAGCCAGGGCGGGAGAGGAGAGGGAGAAUCUCUCAUUGGAGAGUUAAACCUAAGGGGGAAUUCAGCACUAGUUACAGGGCACUGGAACUGUUCUGUUACUUUUGGGUAGCAGGGGGCCUGGAAAUUGAGCCUUCCCCCAAGUGCAAGACCACGCUCCCUCCUGAGCGCAGGUCCUCUCUCUCCCUUCACCCUUUCUCCAUACCGGGGCCUAAGUCCGCCUUACUCCUCUCCUCCAUGUACUUGAACCCUCCAGGUGGUGCCGAGCUGGGGCUGGUUAGGGACCAGACCACCUCUGAGAACUAG